AUGGGAUGUAUGCUUUUCCGCCGUUCCCCCCCGUUUCUCCUCUUCCCAACUCUCCUCCUCUGCUCCUCACGCCUCUCCACCUCUCCCCCUCACGCCUCCCCUCCUCUCUCCAUAGGCUCGAUCGCCAGCAGCUGCAGUGAGUUGGCAGUUGCCUCUGCCCACCCACAGCUCUAUCGCCAGCAGCUGCAGCGAGUUGGCAGUUGCCUCUGCCCAGCCGUAGUGAGGCGUGCCCCUGGGGGUUAUACACAAAGAUCAGUGGUGCACACCAACCAGUGGUGCACACCAACCAGUGGUGCACACCAACCAGUGGUGCACACCAACCAGUGGUGCACACCAACCAGUGGUGCACACCAACCAGUGGUGCACACCAACCAGUGGUGCACACCAACCAGUGGUGCACACCAACCAGUGGUGCACACCAACCAGUGGUGCACACCAACCAGUGGUGCACACCAACCAGUGGUGCACACCAACCAGUGGUGCACACCAACCAGUGGUGCACACCAACCAGUGGUGCACACCAACCAGUGGUGCACACCAACCAGUGGUGCACACCAACCAGUGGUGCACACCAACCAGUGGUGCACACCAACCAGUGGUGCACACCAACCAGUGGUGCACACCAACCAGUGGUGCACACCAACCAGUGGUGCACACCAACCAGUGGUGCACACCAACCAGUGGUGCACACCAACCAGUGGUGCACACCAACCAGUGGUGCACACCAACCAGUGGUGCACACCAACCAGUGGUGCACACCAACCAGUGGUGCACACCAACCAGUGGUGCACACCAACCAGUGGUGCACACCAACCAGUGGUGCACACCAACCAGUGGUGCACACCAACCAGUGGUGCACACCAACCAGUGGUGCACACCAACCAGUGGUGCACACCAACCAGUGGUGCACACCAACCAGUGGUGCACACCAACCAGUGGUGCACACCAACCAGUGGUGCACACCAACCAGUGGUGCACACCAACCAGUGGUGCACACCAACCAGUGGUGCACACCAACCAGUGGUGCACACCAACCAGUGGUGCACACCAACCAGUGGUGCACACCAACCAGUGGUGCACACCAACCAGUGGUGCACACCAACCAGUGGUGCACACCAACCAGUGGUGCACACCAACCAGUGGUGCACACCAACCAGUGGUGCACACCAACCAGUGGUGCACACCAACCAGUGGUGCACACCAACCAGUGGUGCACACCAACCAGUGGUGCACACCAACCAGUGGUGCACACUCAUAAUGCAGAUCAGUGGUGCACACCAACCAGUGGUGCACACCAACCAGUGGUGCACACCAACCAGUGGUGCACACCAACCAGUGGUGCACACCAACCAGUGGUGCACACCAACCAGUGGUGCGACCAGUGUUCCACCAGUACGCCUUUGCUCCUCUCCCCACGUUCUCGACCACCCUGGUGGGAGGGAGGCGCACGAGGGGAGGUGGAGUGUGAGUGUGGAUCGAGAUGGGGAUGGGGAUGGGGAUGGGGAUGGGGAUGGGGAUAGGUGGGCGAAAAACGUUCCUCCCAGUAUCGCCCCACUUUCUUCUCACAUGCAGCACGCACAGGAAGCGAGGCAGCAAGAUACUUAUUACCAGCCGCAGAGAGAGGAGUCAACUCACGGGAGGAAGAGGGCGACAGGUGCCACGUUUCCCCUUGUCUCCUCCCCACCCCAUUGGUGA